AUGAAAAAAAGUUUUGAUGAAAUCUAUAAGCAAUAUCAGCUUUUGAGAAAAAGAAAUAAUCAAGGCAUUUGGAUUUCCGAAGAAAGAGAGAAAAGGGAGUUGAGAGUUGCCAGAGUAAAAGUCCAAAACGGAACGGAGAAACGGCCGCAAGUUAAGAAUAAGUGGUUUAACCUAAUGGUACAGAGGCAGGCGGCGAUCCGGGUCACCAGCGCCUACCGAACCACGUCUACGGACGCGCUCUUGGUUUUAGCCGAACUCCCACCCAUCGACCUGCUUAUAGAGGAGGCGAUUGCCAUCUCAAAGGCUGACACUCCGGAAAGGAACGCAGCACGAAGACAAAGCAGAGAAACACUGCUACUAAAAUGGCAGGAAAGAUGGCGCUCCAGCAACAAAGGAAGAUGGACGGCCAGACUCAUUACCGAUAUAGCAACAUGGCUCGACAGGAAACAUGGGGACACGGACCACUACAUGACGCAAUUGCUGACAGGACACGGAUGCUUAAGAGAUUAUACUUAUGGCCUGGCAAAUCAGCUGACAGCGAAUGCUUAUAUUGCGGAGAUUCUAAUACCGCUGAGCACACCUUUUUCCAUUGUAGACAAUGGAAUGCGGAAAGGGAAGCAUCCUUCAACAACACGGGGACAAGGGAAGAAUAGCGAUCCCUAUAUUUACUUAACUAUCGGGAUGUAUUUGCCGGUUGCCUAUGAAAAACUACCCAUUGAAUUAUGUAGUUUGGUCACUAAGAAGGAAAAAGUCAAUCGCUUGUUGGCUGUUAAAUGUAUGUAG